GCAUGUAUUACGGUAUAUUCGGAUUACACAGAUCUGAAAUGUCAGAGAGCUGCCACUACUACGAUGAUUCUUCGUUCUUCUUUAUGGGACUUUCCUGUAAAACAUCCCAAUAAAGUACAUUUCUCCUUCAGUGAGGAAGAUAUUAAACGAGCUCGUCUGUCUGCUAAACUCGGCUUUGAUGUGGAGAAUGGCCCCUCUCCAGGCCGGAGUCCAUUGGAUCCUCAAGCCAGUCCUGGAUCAGGGCUUGUCUUGCACACUAAUUUUCCAAGCCAUAGUCAGCGCCGGGAAUCCUUUCUGUAUCGCUCAGACAGUGACUAUGAAUUGUCACCAAAGUCUAUGUCCAGGAAUUCAUCAAUUGCAAGUGAAAUACAUGGAGAUGACUUGAUAGUUACACCGUUUGCACAGGUACUGGCCAGCUUGCGGAGUGUGAGGAGCAAUUUCUCAAUACUAACAAAUGUUCAUGGAGCCCCAAGCAAAAGAUCUCCAGCCACAAGUCAACCACCCCUUACAAGAAUCAGUCUGACAGAAGAAAACUACCAAAAGUUAGCUAUGGAGACUCUGGAAGAAUUAGACUGGUGUUUGGAUCAACUUGAGACAAUACAAACAUACCGGUCAGUCAGCGAGAUGGCUUCGAAUAAGUUUAAGAGAAUGCUGAACCGUGAGCUCACUCAUCUCUCAGAAAUGAGUCGGUCAGGCAACCAAGUAUCCGAGUUCAUUUCCAAUACCAUUUUGGACAAGCAGAAUGAUGUGGAGAUGCCGUCCCCCACACAGAAAGACAGAGACAAGAAGAAAAAGAAACAGCUGAUGACACAGAUUAGCGGAGUGAAAAAGCUGAUGCACAGUUCUAGCCUGACAUAUUCAAGCAUACCCCGAUUUGCUGUCAAAACUGACAUGGAAGAUUGCCUUUCCAAGGAACUGGAUGACCUGAAUAAAUGGGGACUUAACAUAUUCAAAGUGGCAGAGUUUUCAAACAAUCGACCUCUCACCUGCAUUAUGUACAGCAUCUUUCAGGAGAGGGAUCUGCUGAAGACAUUUCGGAUCCCAGUGGAUACAUUUGUUACAUACGUCAUGACACUGGAGGACCACUACCAUUCUGACGUAGCCUACCAUAACAGUCUGCAUGCUGCUGAUGUUGCUCAGUCUACACAUAUUCUUCUUUUAACACCAGCACUAGAUGCUGUGUUCACAGACCUUGAGAUACUUGCUGCAAUUUUUGCCGCAGCAAUCCAUGAUGUGGAUCAUCCUGGUGUCUCAAAUCAGUUCUUAAUUAAUACCAAUUCCGAGUUAGCACUGAUGUACAAUGAUGAGUCUGUGUUAGAAAACCACCAUCUGGCUGUAGGUUUUAAACUGCUGCAGGAGGACUCCUGUGACAUUUUUCAGAAUCUUACCAAGAAGCAACGGCAGAUGCUAAGGAAGAUGGUUAUUGAGAUUGUGUUGGCCACAGACAUGUCAAAACAUAUGACCUUGCUGGCAGAUCUCAAGACUAUGGUGGAAACAAAGAAAGUGACGAGUUCAGGUGUUUUACAACUUGAUAAUUACACAGAUAGAAUUCAGGUUCUCCGUAACAUGGUACACUGUGCUGAUUUGAGCAAUCCCACAAAGUCACUGGAGUUGUACAGACAAUGGACGGAUCGAAUCAUGGAUGAAUUCUUUCACCAGGGAGACAAAGAACGGGAGCGAGGCAUGGAAAUAAGUCCAAUGUGUGACAAACACACAGCAAUAGUUGAAAAAUCCCAGGUUGGAUUCAUUGAUUACAUUGCACAUCCAUUGUGGGAAACAUGGGCUGAUCUUGUUCAUCCUGAUGCACAGGAUAUUCUAGACACAUUGGAGGACAAUAGGAAUUGGUAUCAGAGCAUGAUACCCCAGAGCCCAUCCCCUUCCCCUGAUGAGCAAGAGAAAGAAGGACAGUGUUCCACUGAAAAAUUCCAAUUUGAACUCACACUAGAAGAAAAUGAGGAUUCUGAAGAAACUGAGAAAGAGGAAACAAGUCAGGGAGAAGAGGACAGUAGCUGUCAGAGCUGUGAAACAAAAAUAUUUGUUGCACUGGAGUCCGAGAACCAGGAAACAGAGAUGGAAGAAGCACAAACCGAUCCACUCACGGAAGACACAACGCCUGUAGAUACGUAAAUUUUCUAAAGGUGUGGACAUAUGCUUAUUGUCACACUUGCAAUUUAUCUGUAGGAGAAAAGCCUAUGAUAUGGGCUUAUAAUCCUAGAUGGACAUUUGCCGAAGAAAGCUUGCCAUUAUGGUUCAGAUGAUGAAUUAUCAUGACACCAAGGUUGGAAAGACAAUAAUGGUGGAAACAAAUAGAAGUUUUGACGUAGGGGCUUAUUGACAAGCAAUGUUUAUUUGAAACUGGUGGGCACAAGCCAUCCAAAAGUAGGGAUGAGCAUGCAAAUGAAUGACACAACACUGAGAGAUUUUGUAUUGCAAGGCACUGAUACUGCAUUCCAGUCUCAACAAUAUGAAAUAGCUUUUCAUGUAAGAAAAUGUUCUCUGUUAAGUCAAUGAUGUCUUAGGACUGUGUGCCUUUUGAAAAACGUUUCUGUCCUUCCAAAAGUAUUUUAAGUGAACACAAUUUACUAAAAUCCUAACAGAACUUUUCUACAUAUGAUGAAUAGUGGCAUGAACAAAUGAGAAUUAAGUCUUCCGUUUCCCAUCAUAGACAAAAUGGCAAUAUCUUCCAGUUAUCAGUAAAUUGUUUAUAAGGUGUAUUCUUCGGUGUAUCUUUACUUUUGAAAGUUUAAAAAGGGGACAAACAGUUUAAACACAUUUUUUUAAUGUAUCCCAACUAUUCUGGUGGUUUAGAAAUGUUUUCUUUUUUAUAUCUGCCUUUUUUUAAGAAAUGUUCUUGGGAUAGUCUAAAUACCUACUUGUUACACAUUACCACAGUUCUUCAAGGAGGGAAGGCAAUUUAACUUUACUCCGUAAUGCAAGUUUGAAGAUCUGAACACAAUAUCAAGUCACUGAUUCUGUGAAAUAUACCAAAUGAUAAACUCACAGUUCACCCUGUAACUAACAAAAUAAGUGAGAAGGUUGAAUGGCUCACUAAUUUUGAGCCUUUUAGGACACGAGAUAAUAUUUCCAACUCACAGUUCACCCUGUAACUAAGAAAACGAGUGAGAAGGUUGAAUGGCUCACUAAGUUUGAGCCUUCAGGGCAAGAGCUUAGAUCCAGCUCAGAUUGAUGUGUUGAAAGAAAAUUUGGGCACUCCACUCUGGCAUGGACCCUCCAGAAAAGUUGCUCACCACCCGAGAUUUGGUCUAAUUUGAUGUUAAUUCUGAGAAACCACCCGGAUCAUAUGUUAGGAUAAUGAAAGAAUCCUAAGAUUGUAUAGAUGAAAGGAAGCAGUAAACUUUCUUUGGAUCAAACAUGCAAAAAAAAACACAAAAAUGAUACAUCCCCAUAAUGUCAGUUAGCAUUUUUUUAAAAUCAUUCACACCACGUCCUUUGGGAAUUAGGAUCUGUUUAUUGGGAAAUGUAAGGGAGUUUUCCUUUGGAAAUGUUCUGGAAGUUAUGCCAUGUCAUUUUCCAGGUUCUGAAAGCAGAUGCAUGCGCCAAACUCAGACCUUUGUAGAAAGACACGAGUUUCAUAAGGAAUUGUGAUUUCUUGUGUAACCUUGCAGCUUGGAUUCCAGUCAUUUUAGUUCAAAGAAAUCAAUCUCUUAAUCCCUUUAGAGCAUUUUCUUUGGGGUUUUUGCAUUAGUGAUAUAUGCUGGAAAAGUGUUAGUUAAUGUUUAUUAACCAGCAGUGUUAAUGUUCAAAUAAAUUGUGGGCUAAUUUUAAUUAAGUUAACAAAUGAAUUAUAUGACAUCACCAAAAUCAAAUAAAAAUUAUCUUUUCUUUUUUUCUCUUUUUACUCUUCAAAAUGGAAACUUUUGAUUGGGAAGAGGUUUCAGCUCUAUUUUCAUAAUUCCACUUCUUAAAAUCUGGUAUUUUGGCGCACACAUAUUGCCUGAUCCACGAUAGGCCAAAAUUUUUCAAACACACAUUACCAAUGUUAGGUAUGAUCACCCACAAUUAUAAAUUGUCUUUUCAAAUGGGAAUAUUUCACUGGAUAAUUGGGUAGUUAGAGGGCGUUGGAAGUGCACAAUGAUGCCUUCCUCCUUGUUUGUACUCUGAAACCAUGGCACCACUUUUCAUUGUUCCUAUUCAUGAUCUUAACAGUCAUAGAAAAACAUUGUCUACGUGCAGCUACUUCUAACCAACAAUUUUAGAACAAACUCUGGCAAAAUGAGUUUGUAUUAGGAGACCUUGGUGAGCAUUUAGAUAUUUUUACAUGUAUCAUGUAGAACUAAGAGACUGUUCACUUGAAUGCUUUUAACCUUUAAUUUAUUUAGGUGUCUUGACAUUCUUCGUCAGCUUGGGCAUCUUUUGUAUAGCAUUGCAAACCAUAUUCUUAGAACACAUCCAUUUUCUAUUUAGAGCCCUGUAUUUAUACCAUGUACAUACUGUAUAAUGUUUGCUGUAAAUUAUUAAUUUAUACAGGUACAUUAACAUUGCCUUUAAAGUGGUGGUGUUGCUGUGUAGAAAAUUUCAGGUGAAAAUUCCCUUUUUACCUUUUUUUUAAUAAUGGUGUAAUAUAGAGUAACCUGAACAGUCGUGAUAAAGAGACA